AUGAAAGUUAGGAGAAAGAAGGACGGAAGGGCUGGGAAGCCUCUCGCUGGCUCCAGCUGUGGCGGUGCCCGUCGCCCCGCUCCGCUCCCGACGAGGAAGCAGGUUCCCGGUGAAACCGUCUCCCGGGUGAAGGGAGCGGAGGCUGAGCCCCGACUGGGCGGCUACUGCGGUCCCUGGCCGGCGCCGACGGCGUGCGCCGGCUCUCUCGGGCUCAGUCCCGGCGCUCCACACUCGCCUCAGCCUCCAUUAACGACGGCGACGGCGGCAGUAGCAGUAAUGGCAGCAAUGGCAGCAGCAGCAGCCUGCUCUCGCCAUGUUGGAAGGAAGCGACGUCAAGGCCGCGGCCCGAGUGGCUGCAGAGGAGGAAGCGGCGGCGAUGCGGCGGCGGCGGCUGCUGUGGUUACUGCUGCUUCAGGCCGGGAGGGAGGCGCAGGCGCAGCCGCAGGGAGGCAGCAGCUGGGACGGGCGGUCAGGCCUGCGCUACAGAAUGAUUGUGGUCACAGCUCAGAGAAAAAGAAUAUAGCCUGCAUCCUGAAUGAACACUUGGAACAUCAAUAUUAUUAUCAACAGACAGGAGACAAAGCUCAGAACUCAUUUCAAGAACCACUCCAAGUCCAGCAAAGGAGAAUCAUUCAUGGUAGCAGACUUCUGUGCAUAUAGAUGAUACAAAUUCAGAUGUGUAUAUGACUGCAUUCACAUCUGCAUUUGUGAUAUACAUCUGUGUCAUUUUAAACUGGUUGACUAUGCCUUUUGAUGUAUGUAGGGAUCCAGAUUACCAGUUAUGACUGACUAGCUGCCUGUAACUAGUGCUUAAUUGUGGAUUUAGUCUGAAUAUUUUUCUGUGAAUAA